AUGAAGACUAGACGGGACCCCGAUAAGCGCAAGCCAGACUCUCCCAAGAAGCAACCACCCAAGAAGCCUGGUCCCGUGAAGAAGCCUGCGAAGAGCAGUCCUCGCAAGACUACGACCGUAAAAGAUGCUCCCAAAGCUGGCGCUCCCAAAGUUGUUACCAAGAAAGGUGCCUCUCCAGCACCCCCGAAGCCAGCCAAGUUGACUGCCGCGGAGAAAAAAGCCGCGAAUGAAAAGAAGACUCGGCAAUUCGAGCGGCUGGCCAGGCGGAAGAAGAAGGUUGAACACCUUAGGCAAGGACUUCUCACCAAAGAGCAGCAAAAAGCAGCCCAGGGAAUUGCCGAAGCCGUGAACACCGUCCAUAAGGCUCUUGAGAAUGACCCAGAGCUUUACGGCAAACUGCUGGAACGACUGACUCCCUCGUUCGACACAUUGCGUCGACUGGCCGUCAAGAACCCUCUGACAUACAGAAAGAUAGCCAAAGGGCUUUAUCAAGACAACUAUGUGGCGGAGGGAGACACGGAUGUCGACGAAGACGAUGAAGACGACGACGACGAUGAAGUCGACGACGACGAUGAAGACGACGACGACGAAGAAGAUGAUGAAGAGCCGCCUGCGCCUCCAACAAAAGGACGCAAACGCAAAGUCGUGAACUCUACUGAUGAAGAUGAGGAGCCAGUUGAAGAGCCACGCAAACCCAGAGGGGGCAAGGCCGGCACUGGCAAGAAAGGCGCGGCCAAUGAUGAGGAUGAGGGAAAGUCUAGCAAGCCUCCUGUCGACAAGGGUCCUUCCAGUAACAAGAGGAAGUCACCCCCGAAAGACAAGGGCGAUGACGAUGUCGACCAGCCGAUCGCCAAGAGGACGAGGAGCACACCUCCUCCUGCUGCCGCCAGAAACGAUGGACCUGGAAAGUCGGUCGGCGGACUCACCAAAGAAGAUCUGGCCAAGACUAAGAUCCCUAGAGCCCCCAGGGCUGCUGGAGCUUCGAGCAGCAGACGUGGUGCAGGUAGGGCUGCUGCUAACACCAGGUCCGCUGGCAUGGCGUCCUCGCGGGCAACAGGUGCAAAUGCCGCGCCAGUGGGUAGCAGGACCAGAAGCAAGGCCCGUGGGAAGAAGUAG